GGGGAACCCUGAGAGGACCAUGGUCAUGGAGGACAACCAGACUACACCUCCUCCUGAACCCACAGAGGAACCAGCUGAGCAGCACAGGACCACACACAGUCUCACUGAGUCAGUAGACAUGGAGGAUGGGAAGCCUGAUCUGCUGCUGGUCAAAGAGGAGACAAUAGAGGACGGACCAGAGAGUAUUGAUCUGCUGAGUGGACUAAAGAUGGGGGAGCAAGGUAGUUGGCUGGAGGCUAACAGAGGAGACUGGGCGGCCGUCUUGGAUUCCCAGACCCAGACUGGUGCAGCCAAGGGCCCGGGGGAUGACAUCCCCGAGCAGGCCAGGACCAGAGGCGACAUAGUGGAGUCUGCAGUCCAUGAGGACCUGCUGAUGUCCAGUGUUGCUGGCGGGAGAGACUUGACCUCUGAAGCAGCUGGUCACAAACCCUGGCCCCGGAUCAGGACCCUGGAUCAGGAGCCGUUGCUCUUCCUUCCCGAGUCGGUACAAGGAUCGAACCACAAGGGACAGAGUCUCCACCACAACACAGAACACAACCAGUGGACAGGUGGACUGAACAACCUCAAUCCUGGUGGUCAUCAGAGAGACGGAGGCUCCAGUCAGGGACCCAGUCUGCAGCCCAGACCCUUCUCUUCACAGUCUCAGUGCAGGGAUGAAGCAGGGCCUGGGGCUGAUAGAGAUAGACCCUCAUGUUCCUAUGAUACAAACACCACAGUAUCCAUGAUGAACAGAGCAGGUCACCCUGGGCUUCAGCCUCCACAGAGACUGGUGGGAGACUCACCUGGUGGUAGUCUAUCAGCAAGUCUGUCUUCUCCUUCAGGAUCUCAUCUAAUGUCUGGUGACUGGGUUCAUAGAAAGCCUGGGUCUAGCCUUCCUCAGUUACCUCAUGGCUACCCCACCAAUACAGACAGGGUCAGGAUGGGUGUUCAUCACAAGAGGUACCUAGCUUAUAACACAGCACACAAUCCCAACAACACCCAAAUGAUGGCUAGAGGUCAAGGAAGGAGCUCAAAGACUAACCACCUGAGUGCGGUGGCUCCUGCUUCUUCUACCUCCUCUGGUGUCAUUGGGUCACAAUAUGGGAGGCCGAGCAUUAGGACAGACGCUGACAAGCCGUACGCCUGCCCCACAUGUGGGAAGCGUUUUGCUAAGGUGAACUAUGUGAAGCAGCACCAGACUGUUCACACCAAGGAGAGGCCCUUCAUGUGUAAGCUGUGUUACAAGAGCUUUUCCUUCCUUAGUAACCUCAUCAGACAUAGAAGUGUCCACAAUGGGGAGAAAUCAUAGCAGUGUGGCUUGAGAUGUAGGCUACGUAGGGGAUGUCUGGGACCCAUUAUUUAGCUGUAAUAUUCCAGUUAUCAUGUGAAGUGUCCUGGGGGAUUUUUGGGGAUUACUAAUUCCUUCAGUUGAGCAUCUGGGUACGCUCACAUGAUACAUGAUACAUUGGUGUGCUGGGAUUGUGAAAAACGCUGUAAUCGAAGUGUAACAAUAUCAGUUCGUACGUAAUCUCACUCUGGGGGGGAGGGGGGGGGCGACAGUUUCAAUAUUUAGAAAAUAUUUGUGAUUGGAGGAUAGCUGUGAGUUUUAUCUUAUCAGGAUCCACUCAUCUGUUAACCUCCAGCUCAUGAUAGAAUUUUCAUAUUUCAAAAUGGAAGGAGUGGAAUGUUAGCUAAAGAGACUGGUACUCAAGCUAUAACACCCCCCCGCCAAAACAUUAUUUGGCGUAGUCAGGUGAUACCUGUUCCUUUAUGUGCUAUAAUUAAUUAGGUGAUCAAAUCUGUUAAUAAAUGAGAAAUCAUGUUGUCCUUUUGAUGUGUUGAUUUUGAUUUGCUUGUUUAUCAUUUAGAAUUAAAAUGGCCUUGGUCUCCUUGGCUUCCUUCUAA